AUGCAUAUCACUGCCGGUGCCAUGGCCGCCGUUCUGGCCGUGGCCAGUGCCCUGCCCGUGGCCAACCCCAAAGCCCAACCUGAAGCGUCCCCGGACACCACCGCCGCCCAGGUUACUGAAUACAGUGACUAUGGCCAGUAUGGCGAGUAUGGUUCGUACAAACGUGACGAAGACUCUGCCGAAGUGAGCAAGUACGAUGAUUAUGGCAACUACGGAAAGUACGGAGACUACGGCCACUACCGACGUAGUGACGACGCAGCCGAAGUUAGUAAAUACGAUGACUACGGCAAAUACGGAAAACGAGGCUGAAGUCAGCAAAUAUGAUGACUACGGCAACUAUGGAAAAUAUGGAGACUAUGGCCACUA